GUAGAGUACAAGAUAGGUUGCCGGCCCCUGGGAACGAAGAGAUGAGUGCCGCUCGGGUGGAAGGCAUAGCAUCGUGGGUGCAAGGAAGAGAGCGUUCGGGGCUCUCUCCUACGAACCGUGACGGAGUACGGACGUUGCUGGUAUUGCGAAGACAUAGUAAUUGUAAUUGUACGGAUAAGUUAAAAAUAAAGAGUGAAAGUACAACGAUACAACAUUGGCGACGAGAGUUAGAAGAACCUGUGCAAACGUCGAAAGUGAAAACGCACAAUGAAUACCAGUGGUGCAGAGAAUCAGCAUACGAACAAUGGUGAGGGGGAGAGGCCAUCGCGCAGCGGCCAUCGCGGUGACACGGGAAGCGUCGAUCCAACAGAAUCUGGCCCCGGCUGGAUUCACGAGCUGUUUCGCCAACAGCACAAGAUGAUGCUGGAGCAGCAACAAGCAUUUAUGAAGCAGCAGGAAAAGCUGAUAGGCGAGAUUUGGCAGACAGCGCAGCUUAAGCAGACCGUGAAUGGGUCAGAGCAGCUUAGCGAUGUGCUGGCGGGCCAGGUGAAAGAUUUUCACUUCGAUCCGGAGAGCACGACGUUCGCCGGAUGGUUCUCGCGUUAUGAGGAUCUGUUCGAGAGGGACGCCAGUAAGCUGGAGGAUGACGCGAAGGUGCGGCUGCUGCUGAGGAAGCUGGGGCAAUCAGAGCAUGAGCGGUACACGAGCUACGUACUGCCACGUAAGCCGAAAGACUUCAAAUUCGCGGAAACUGUAAGUACGCUGAAAUCGCUGUUUGGUUCUCGUGAGUCAGAGGUCAGCAAGCGGUUUAAGUGCUUGCAGUUGCAGAAAAGUGGCUUGGAAGAUUACGUGACGUUCGGUUGCCGCGUAAAUAAGAGUGUCGUUGAAGCAGAGCUUGCGGGGCUGACAGAGGAGCAGUUUAAAUGUUUUUUAUUUGUGUGCGGGCUGAAGGACGACAGAGACGCCGAUGUAAGGUUGCGGUUGCUCAGCAGAAUAGAGGACAACGAAGUUACCACACUAACGCAGUUAGUCGAAAUGUGCCAAAAGAUGGUGACAUUGAAAAAGGACACCGUGAUGAUAGAGAGCGAGAAACAAAUAAACGUCGUGACUGACGGAAAGUAUAAUCGCAACGGUCCAAAGUGGCAAAUGAACCGCGGUAACGGAGGAGCGCAACGUGAUAUGCAACCGGCUAAGUCCACUACAAAAUGUUGGCUUUGUGGUGAGGGGCACUAUGCUCAAAAGUGCACGUAUAGAAAUUACAAGUGCAGGCAGUGUCAAAAAUAUGGUCAUAAGGAAGGGCACUGUGGGGCAGCGGCACGUUUUAUCGCAUCGAAAACCCACAGCAAAGUGAGAACAGUCCUCGUGAACAUGGUCAACAGUAAGGGCAAAGGUCACGUGAACGUGAUAUUGAAUGGUGAGCCAAUGAAAAUGAUGGUGGACACGGGCGCUGAUAUUUCGAUUAUAUCAAUCGAGCAAUGGAGGACCAUAGGACAGCCUCCAUUGUGCCCGCCAUCCGUGAAGGCAAAAACGGCUUCGGGUAGCCAACUGAAAAUCCUAGGAGAAUUUUGUGCUCAUGUGGCUUUGAAGCAGCAAGUUAAACGAUGUACGAUGAGAGUCACUGAGGAGCCGCUGAUGUUACUAGGUGCUGAUUUGAUGGAAGUUUUUGGAUUGUGGGAUGUUCCAUUGGCGUCGGUGUGCAAUCGUGUGUGUGUAGCAACGGUUAGUCUAGAGGCAGUAAAAAGGGAUUUUGAAGGAUUAUUUUCCCACGAGUUGGGGCACUGCAUGAAAGCAAAAGUGAGGAUGGAGCUGAAAAAGGAUGCAGCCCCUGUAUUUCGUCCAAAGCGUCCUGUUUCAUAUGCGAUGCGCCCCGCUGUAGACGAGGAGCUAGACCGGCUGGAAAAAGAAGGUAUAAUAACCCGUGUUAAUUUUUCAGCUUGGGCUGCGCCUAUAGUGGUAGUGCGCAAGGCGAGUGGAAGCAUUCGUAUAUGUGGCGACUACUCAACGGGGUUGAAUGAUGCACUCCAGCCUCACCAGUAUCCGAUCCCGCUGCCGGAGGAUAUUUUUUCAACGUUGGCAAAUUCGGCCAUGUUUAGCCAGAUAGACCUCACCGAUGCGUUCCUACAGGUUGAAGUGGAACAAGAGUGCAGAGAGCUGCUAACGGUUAACACACACAGAGGGUUAUAUGCUUAUAACCGACUUCCGCCUGGGGUGAAGGUCGCACCAGGAGCCUUCCAGCAGUUAAUGGAGACCAUGCUAGCUGGGUUAAAGGAUGUGGCGGUGUACCUAGAUGACAUCGUGAUUGGCGGAACGGAUGAACACACCCACAUGGGAAACCUUCGCGCGGUGCUCGCGAAGUUGCAGGAAUAUGGGUUCAAAAUAAAGCCUGAAAAGUGUAACUUUUUCCAAAAGCAAAUUAAAUAUCUUGGUCAUAUUUUAGAUCGUGAUGGACAACGCCCGGAUCCUGCCAAGAUUGAAGCGAUUGUGAAGAUGCCUUCCCCGAAGAAUCCUGCUGAAGUACGCUCAUUCCUAGGAGCGAUAAACUAUUAUGGGAAGUUUGUGCCGCAAAUGAGAAAUCUUCGUUACCCGCUUGAUGAGCUAUUAAAAAAAGAUGGGCAAUGGUAUUGGAGUCCAGAAUGUCAGAUUGCAUUUGACACGUUUAAGCGGUUGUUAAGCUCAGACCUCCUUCUGACUUAUUAUGACCCAAAGAAACCGAUAAUAGUGGCAGCUGAUGCGUCGUCAGUGGGAGUAGGAGCCACUAUUAGCCACAGAAUGCCAGAUGGCACGAUAAAAAUAGUUCAGCAUGCAUCACGCGCUCUUACUAAAACUGAAACAAACUAUAGUCAGCCAGAUCGUGAAGGAUUAGCAAUAAUUUAUGCGGUGACUAAGUUUCAUCGAAUGAUCUUUGGGCGACGUUUCACGCUCCAAACGGAUCAUGCACCCUUGCUGCGUAUUUUUGGCUCGCGCACUGGAAUACCAGUGUAUACCGCGAAUAGAUUGCAACGCUGGGCGUUGACGCUGCUGCUGUAUGAUUUCAGCAUUGAAUACGUAUCUACGGAGAAAUUUGGUAAUGCUGACGUGUUGUCGCGCUUGAUUGCAAAUCAUGAGAAACCGGAUGCAGAAUAUGUUAUUGCUAGCAUCGAAACAGAGAGGGAUUUGCAAGCCAUGAUUGGCUGCGUAACGCAAAUAAUGCCAUUGACAUUAGAAGAAGUGCUGAAUGAAACCAACAAAGACCCGGUAUUAAGAAAUGUUAGAGAUUAUGUGAUCAAAGGAUGGCCUAGUAAGAAAGUAGAGAACCAAGAGUUGCGAAAUUUCCAAAGCAGGAGUGAAUCCCUGUCCAUCGUAAACGGAUGUUUACUUUUUGGUGAGCGGUUGGUAAUACCAGGGCCACAGAGAGAAAGAUGUUUACAACAACUACAUAGAGGCCAUCCUGGUAUGGAUAAGAUGAAAGCGCUGGCAAGGAGCUAUGUAUAUUGGCCCGGAAUAGAUCGAGAGAUAGAGGAAAAAGUUAGAAGGUGCCACCGGUGUGCAGCGGUUGCAAGGUCACCAGCGCAUAGCACACCCAUCUCGUGGCCAGAAUCGACUGCUCCGUGGCAGCGAAUACAUGUUGAUUAUGCUGGCCCUAUCGAUGGAAUGUAUUAUUUGCUAGUCAUCGAUUCUUAUUCUAAAUGGCCGGAGAUAGUGGCAACAGCAACGAUUUCAGCAAGAGCAACAAUUAGGAUUUUACGUGAAAUUUUUAGCCGUUUUGGAAUGCCUAAUGUUUUAGUAAGCGACAACGGGUCGCAGUUUGUAAGCACGGAGUUUGAGCUAUUUUGUACGUUAAACGGCAUUGAGCAUUUGCGAACAGCCCCCUUCCAUCCGCAAUCCAACGGGCAAGCGGAAAGAUUUGUGGAUACAUUUAAACGGGCACUUAAGAAAAUGGAGGGGGAAGGUGGUACAGUGCAAGAAGCAAUAGAUAUUUUCUUAAUGACGUAUCGAAGCAUACCGCAUAAGCUUUUGGAACGGAAUCAAUCGCCAGCAGAAGUGAUGAUAGGGCGUAAAAUGCGUACAUGCAUGGAGCUUUUGCGACCGUCUAUGGAUUUGGGCACAGACGUUAAACAUAGGAUGCGAUUAAGAAAAUAUGAAUGUAAUGAUCUCGUUUACGCAAAACAGUAUAUUAGAAACAAAUGGAAAUGGGUAUCCGGAACAGUCAGGAAGCGUUUAGGCUCGGUUAUGUACGAGAUUGUUACCACAGAAAAUAGACAUUUACGAUCCCAUAUUAAUCAGUUGCGUUCUCGAGUGAGUGAUAAACAAUCAAGUCCGUUUAACGUUGAUGAGUCACGUUCGUACCGUAUGUUAGACGUGUUGUUGGAUGCUUGGGGUAUGAACUCGAAUGAACCGGGAGCUAGCAGGCAGGGAAACGCUGAAAUGAACACGGAUAUAGCUAGGGCACAAUAUACGGAAUCGCCAUCGUUGGCUAUAUCGUCAUCACCCCCAUCAUCCUCAUCGUCUUCACCGCUACUGUCGUCGUCAGCGGUGCAAUCCGAGAGUCCCUCGUCAUCGUCCUCAGAAGAGCUAAGAUCGGCAACAUCUCCGGGGUUCGCUACAGCAGAUAGCGGUUCAUCAACGCCGGUACAGCCUCUACGACGUUCUACGAGGAUUCGUAAACCGCCUCAGUGGAUUGAGCAAUACCGCCGGUACUAAAUAGGGGGAGAUGUUGUAGAGUACAAGAUAGGUUGCCGGCCCCUGGGAACGAAGAGAUGAGUGCCGCUCGGGUGGAAGGCAUAGCAUCGUGGGUGCAAGGAAGAGAGCGUUCGGGGCUCUCUCCUACGAACCGUGACGGAGUACGGACGUUGCUGGUAUUGCGAAGACAUAGUAAUUGUAAUUGUACGGAUAAGUUAAAAAUAAAGAGUGAAAGUACAACGAUACAA